ACAAAGUCGGGUAUGACUCGGAUGCUCACUUGGAAGAAGCCAACAGCUUGAAAUCGUACCCGAGGUCGACGGCAACAACAUACACACCGAAUACCACCGCCACUGCAUAAGAUGGCGCCUGCAGCGAUUGACGAAUCCAUCGUCGACACCGUCCAGCCGAGGAAGGACACACUCACCCUCCCGGAGGCAGCUCGCGAAAGGCUAACCAAGGCCGGGAUUGAUUUAUCCAACGGCUACCCCUUUCGACCUGCCGUGCCCAUAUACCUGCAAGACGUCUACAAGAUCCGGAACGAGGAAAGGCCUUACGAAGAUGCUGGGGCAAGAGCCGACAAGUCCAAGAAGCACCUGUUCUCGGCCGCCACGAAGGUGACGGAUCUGACAACCCACAUCGGGACAGAAGUAGAGGGAUUGCAGCUCAAGGACCUCACCCCCGAGCAGCGAGACGAGUUGGCCCUGUUGAUUGCGGAGCGUAGUGUCGUCUUCUUCCGGAAUCAAGACAUCAGCCCGCAGCAGCAGAAGGAGCUCGGCGAGUGGUUCGGCGAGGUCGAAGUCCAUCCCCAAACGCCCCAGGUCCCUGGAGUGCCCGGCGUGACGGUCAUCUGGCCGGAUCUUUUUGCCCAGGAGCGGGAAGCCAACUUCCGCAGGCCAGGCGGCGCGUCAUCGUGGCACAGCGACCUUGUGCACGAGCGGCAGCCUGCGGGAGUCACCCAUCUGCACAACGACACCAUCCCGCCCGUCGGGGGGGAUACGCUCUGGGCGUCGGGCUACGGCGCCUACGAGAAGCUGUCGCCGGAAUUCCGCAAGCUCAUCGACGGGAAAUAUGCCGUCUACCGCUCUGCCCAUCCAUACCUGGACCGUGAGAACCCGACUGCCGGGCCGAAGUACAUCGAGCGUAUCCACCCGCUUGUCCGAGUGCACCCAGCGACGGGCUGGAAGGCGCUCUGGGUCAACCGGGCCAUGACCGUACGCAUCGUCGGGCUGGACAAGGCCGAGAGUGACGUCAUCCUCAACUACCUGUACGACGUCUAUGAGAAGAACGUCGACAUUCAGGUCCGCUUCAAGUGGACGCCCGGCACAAGCGCACUGUGGGACAACAGAAUUACUAUCCACAACGCGAGCUGGGACUACGGCGGAAGACACCCCCGCCAUGGCACUCGCGUCACGUCACUCGCCGAGGUCCCCUAUUUCGAUCCCAAUGCUCCCACUCGGCGGCAAGCACUGGGCUUGCUCGAUGAAGAUGAGAAAAAGGCCCUGGAGCCAGCAAGCUAGAACGAAUCACGAGCAGUGGAUGGAAUCGCCAAGCGGUAGUUUUUGAGGAGGUCAUCGGAGAUCUGUUGGCAACUUCGGAAGCUGGGUGCUGAAUCUUUUUAAUCGACGCUCCCUGGAUGAAGGCACUUGGCUCUCAUGAAAAGCGCCCUUUGAGCGUUUCGCCUGUCAGCUGCCAUUUCCUCGUAUCCGGAAGACGCGUACUUGCGGUCAUAGUGGUCUGAUAUAGGAUACAA